AUGGCCGAAAGCUCGAACGCGCCGAGGCUCACCUUCACCGGCCACCGUCACCUCGUCCAGCGCCUCGUCCUCGCCACCCUCACCGGCCGCCCCGUCCGCAUCUCGCAGAUCCGCAGCAAGGACGUCAACCCCGGCCUCCGCCCGCACGAGGUCUCCUUCAUCCGGCUGCUCGACGCCGUCACCAACGGCUCCACGAUCGAGUUCUCGUACACGGGCACGACGCUGGUCUACCGGCCCGGCCUGAUCGCCGGCAGCGCCGCCGGCUACGGCGCCAACAUGCACGGCGUGCUCAAGCACGAGGUGCCGCGCGAGUGCGCCCGCGGCCUCAGCUACUUCCUGAUCCCGCUGUGCCUGCUCGCGCCCUUCGCCAAGAACAAGCUCAACGUCACCUUCGCCGGGCCCGGCGUCAUCACCGGCGCGACCCCCGCCACGGGCGACGUCUCGGUCGACACGGUGCGCACGGCCGUGCUGCCGCUGUACGCGCAGUUCGGCAUCCAGGCCGACAUCGAGCUGCGCGUGCUGCGCCGGUCGGGCGCGGGCCCGGGUGGCCGCGGCGGCGGCGGCGAGGUGCAGCUCGUCUUCGGCCACCAGGUGCGGCUGCCGCGGACGGUGCACCUGCUCAACCCCGGCCGCGUCAAGAAGAUCCGCGGCGUGGCGUACACGACGGGCACGUCGGGCGCGAACAACGCGCGCAUGAUCGAGAAGGCGCGCGGCGUGCUGAAUCCGUUCGUGGCGGACACGUACGUCUUUUCGGACGUGUCGAGCGCGCCGCUGGUGCCGUGGCCGACAAAGGAGAAUCCGGACAACAAGCGGAAGAUUGGCGUGGGGUUCGGCCUCAGUCUUGUGGCCGAGAGCUCGACGGGGAUGCUGUACUCGGCGGACGUGGCGUCGCCGCCGCAGGGGGGCGUGCCCGCGGAGGAUAUCGGCUUGCAGUGCGCGUAUCAGCUGCUUGAGAACAUCGAGAAGGGCGGCUGUGCCUCUAGCGUCGGGGCGCCGACGAUGCUGACGCUCAUGGCUAUGGGAUCGGAGGAUGUGGGAAGGCUGCAGCUGGGAAGGGAUGUUGUGGGGACCGAGGAUGUCAUCCAGCUCAGCAGAGACCUGCGGGCGUUUGGUGCGAGCGGAUGGGGAUUGAGGGAUGCAGGAAACGAGGAGGGAGAUAUUGUGGUCAGCAUUGUGGGUAGAGGAGUGGGCAACGUUGGAAGGAAGAUUGCUUAA